ACCAUGGAUAUGGUUUCUUAUCCCCAACAAUCUAACCUCCCUUUUCCAAGUCCUACUAUCUCCAUCACACACUCAAACCUCCAAUGACAGCCCUCCCCUCUCUCUCCCGCCUCAAACUCACCCCUCCACCGCUCUCCACCACCAAUGCCGCCGCCCUCCCACUAUCCUUCCCCCUCCAACCCCAUCUUCCCCUCCCACUCAGAACCUUCUCACUCUCCGCCACCCUCGAGAGCCGCCCCCCUCCGCCGCCCAAUCCAGAAUUCACCGACUACGAUGAAGACGAGAGCUACGGCGAGGUCAGCCGCAUCAUCGGCAGCCGAGCCCUCCCGGGCGGGCGCGGGAUGGAGUACCUGAUCGAGUGGAAAGACGAGCACGCCCCCACGUGGGUCCCCUCCGACUUCAUCGCCCGCGACGUGGUGGCGGAGUACGAGACGCCGUGGUGGAACGCCGCCAAGAAGGCCGACGAGGCCGCCCUCGCCCAGCUGAUAGCCUCGGGCGACGGGAGGGACGUGGACGCCGUCGACUCCGACGGCCGCACCGCCCUCCUCUUCGUGGCCGGCCUCGGCUCCGAGGCGUGCGUGCGCCUCCUGGCCGAGGCCGGCGCGGACGUCGACUACCGCGACGUCAGCGGCGGCCUCACGGCGCUCCACAUGGCGGCCGGCUACGUGAAGCCGGGCGUGGCGAAGCUGCUGGUGGAGUGCGGGGCGGACGUGGAGGCGGUGGAUGGUCGGGGGCGGACGCCGGUGCAGCUGGCGCGGGAGAUAUUGAAGUCGACGCCGCAGCUGCAGUUCGCGAGGAGGAUGGGGCUGGAGAGCGUGGUGGGGGUGCUGGAGGGGGCUGCGUACGAGUUCGCGGAGGUGGAGGAGGUGAUGGAGAGGAGGGGGAAAGGGGAGAAUGAGGAGUAUCUGGUGAGGUGGAAGGAUGGAGGGGAGAAUGAGUGGGUGAAGGCGAGGUACGUGGCGGAGGAUUUGGUGGCGGAUUUUGAGGCGGGGCUUGAGUAUGCGGUGGCGGAGGGGGUGGUGGAGCGGCGGGAGGGGGAGGGAGGGAAGGUGGAGUAUUUGGUGAAGUGGGCGGAUAUUGAGGAGCCUACUUGGGAGCCUCAAGAGAAUGUUGAUCCUGAGUUGAUCAAGGCGUUUCAACAACUAUAGAUCCAUUUCUUGGUUACAAUUGUAUUUGGAUGAGUGCUAUUUGCCAAUUACUCUAUAUUGGUUUUUGCUCAAGGUUGAGAAAUGGUGAUGGCGAAUUAAUUCCUUUGCAAACUUUAUAAGAUGCCACUCUUUCAUCA